AUUCAACCAUGGCUAUCCCAAAGUUCCUAUCCUCCUUCAUAACACACCCAGAUCCCUUUCAGUCACCCCUGACCCACCCCAAACUUCCCUGUAGGACAUGGAAGUCAGCGCAACAGAACUCAUGAACAUUCUCAACAAAGUGGUAACCCGACACCCUGAUCUGAAGACUGAUGGUUUUGGCAUUGACACAUGUCGCAGCAUGGUGGCCGUGAUGGAUAGUGACACAACAGGCAAGCUGGGUUUCGAGGAAUUCAAGUAUUUGUGGAACAACAUCAAAAAAUGGCAGGCCAUAUACAAACAGUUUGAUGUUGACCAUUCAGGAACCAUUGGCAGCAGUGAACUUCCAGGGGCCUUUGAGGCAGCAGGGUUCCAUCUAAAUGAGCAUCUCUACAACAUGAUCAUCCGACGCUACUCAGAUGAGGAAGGGAACAUGGAUUUUGACAACUUCAUCAGCUGCCUGGUCAGGCUGGAUGCCAUGUUCCGUGCUUUUAAAUCUCUUGAUAAAGAUGGCACUGGACAAAUUCAGGUGAACAUCCAGGAGUGGCUGCAGCUGACUAUGUAUUCCUGAGUGGGAACCCCAGACCUCUCUCCUCAUCACCUCACAUUAGGUGUCACCUUGGACAUUUUGGUCUCUCCCAGGGCUGAUCCUGUCUGCAGUCAUGUCUUUGUGGGUCCUGCUGACCCACCAGCUUUUCCAUUUUCUGUUGGCAACUAGCUUCUCAGACAACAGCUAGGGCUCAACAUGUCCCAACAUGCCAUGCCCCAAGUUACAUCUGGCUCUAGGACACUCUAACACCCUGCCCCAUGGGUCGCUCCACCCUCGGCAUACCCACUCCACAACCCUUCUCACACAUCUAUGCUAAGUUGUGUCACUUCCACACCCCAAGGGCCCUUCUCUAAGUUCUGGGAGAAUCACCCUACGCCCUAUGCACCCUGGCACACCAGUUCAGUUAACCACCCAGCCAUCUGAACUCCAGGUCCUAACAGGCCACAGAUGCCCCAAUGCCUUUGUAUUCUGCCCCAGCCUGCUAGACCCAGGAGGAAAUAAAUGCACCCCAGUUGCUGCUCUAA